UCUGUCUAACCCGCCAUGUCUUUUAAACAGGCAGGUAGCUGCGCAGCCAUUUUUAGCCGCCGCUGCUAUGUGAACGACGCCGAGCUGAUCGUCAAGAUGGCCUUAUCGUCGGGCGUCCUGUCGUGGCGAAGAUGCGCUUUUCUGUUCAAUCGCUUCUCGAAUUUCUCCGCCCGCUUAAAUCUGACAAGAACUCUUAACAAAAUGAGACCGAGAACCGGGAACAAAGUCAUUUUUGAAAAAGUACAUCAGACUGUCUCUCCAUCCAAACGCCUCAAAGGGACGCACUCAGAAGAUAAAGUGGUGUUACGGUUUGCCAAGCUGUCCGAGAACGCCACAGCCCCCAGCAGAGGGUCAGCCAAGGCAGCCGGCUAUGAUCUUUACAGUGCAUAUGAUUAUGUUAUUCCUGCAAUGGGUAAAACCAUAGUUAAAACGGACAUCCAGAUUGCAGUUCCUUCUGGUUAUUAUGGACGUGUUGCACCAAGAUCUGGACUAGCAGCAAAACAUUUCAUUGAUGUUGGAGCUGGCGUAAUAGAUGAAGAUUACAGAGGGAAUGUUGGGGUUGUGCUCUUCAACUUUAGCAAGAAUAACUUUGAAGUUAAAAAAGGUGAUCGGAUAGCUCAACUCAUUUGUGAAAGGAUUUGUUACCCAGAUCUUGAACAAUUUGAGACCCUGGACCAGACUGAUCGUGGAGAUGGAGGUUUUGGAUCGACUGGAACCAAUUGAUGCUCUUUACAAAAAGUUCUAUGUGAACGUUUUCACUUAUGUUCUGUAUGAUUUAAAGUCUUGUUUGUUUUGUAUUUAUUGAAAUAAAAGUGUUUAACUUUUAAACUGGU